AUGGGCAAGAAAAAGAGGAAGGCAUCUGCAUCGCGCGAUAAGACCAAGGUUACACGUCUUGAUGUGGUAAACCUUCAAGCUGUAAAACCUGCACUGGGCGACCCAGAUGUCGAUGCACGCGUCACGAUUCAGCAGCGACAGAAACGCCAGUAUGGGCCCGGUAAACCAGUCUUGACCUGUGAAACUCAGCAAAAGAGACUUUGGCAUAACAAAUACUUCAAGCAAGCAAAGAAGCUCGUCAAGCGGCGAGAACGAACUGACAGGGCGCUGCUUUAUGAAGUUGACAGAGAGCUCUUGGAUGAUAAGGCCUGGGAAGCACGCGAAGCACUUCUUCAAAAACAAAAUUCCCUCCGACGCCGAGAGACACGUUACUUACAGGAGAUUGAGCAGAAGCUCCAGCGUGCCAGGGCUCGACUCGCCACAGGCCGCAAUGAUCAGAUUGUUCGGGACGAAUACCGUCUCCGCAGGCUUCUUGAUAUUUUCCGGGCACAUCUGGGGCCGUAUGUUGAAGCCAACUCCCCAGAGCUAGACAAAACCCGAGGACGGAGUAAGAAGAUUAAAUUGGAAGUUACUAAGGAAGCCAAGGGUCUGAACCAAGAACUUCGAGGAAACCCUGAGAUGCUGGCUGUGCAAAAGAACGAUUGUGUACGGCAGCUCAGCCCACACCAAGACCUAACAUCCGGAGAAGACAAGGGGAUCAACCUGAUAAAGAAUCGUCGACGGCUUGACGAGAUUGUUGCACCUCACCUAGACGACUCCAACGUCGUGCAUGACGUACCGCCGGCAAGAAAAGUGUCUUCAUCUAUGUCUUCUCAUAGAGAAAGCGAAAGCGACAAAGGACAUCAAUGCAUAUCAGAGGAGGCUGGACCGCAAAACGCAAACCAGAGACAGAGCCAGAGACCACUGGCUACGGCUGCUAACCAAGCACAAUACGACUCAUAUUUGGAUUCACCAACGCAGCAGACUUUGAAAGCUCAACGAUUUGCCGUCACGAGAAGGCAAACAACUCGCAGCAGUCCGACACGAAUUUCGGGCCCCAACCCCCUUAAGACAAAGACGGUCUUAUUUGAAGGCCCUAAGCAGAAAUACGACUGCCUACAACCGAAUCCAGCUCCAGAGCGAGCGGAGGAUUCCUUUGCGGAAUCUAAAAUGAAAAAAAAGCAUCGAAAUCAGGCUUCACGAGGUUCCUCGUCUUCAGAAUGGCUGGGGAAAAGCAGCACUCCUAUUCCGCCGCCUUCGAUCCCUAGCAUUCCCAAGAUACCGUCGGACAAAAUGCAAACCGUUUCUUCGAUCUCUUCAUCUGUGGCCCGUCGAGUUCAAUUUACCCCAACGUCUAUGCGACCACAUACAGGACAGCGCCAGCUAGCCCCAAAGAGCUAUGGUGGUGAGAGCUCGUCUCCUACCAUUCCUCUUAUCAGUGCUCGUCUCAAUAUUCCCCGGAGUUUCGUCAGAAUUUUUCCUGGCAGUACUCAGGACGAUCGAGUAGCAUUGGAGGAAGAGAAAAAACGAUGGCGAAGCAUACUCGGCCUCUGACAAGCAUGGGGGUAAUUUUGGAUUCGAUUGAUUGUGGAAGGGAGCGCUCUGCUACAGCUGAUACGCAGCCUACACUAGUAAACAGAAUAUGACAGCUCGGUUACUGCCUCCAGAGCUCCAACGUUGAAUCGACACAUUAUCAAAUGACUUGCUGAGCCGAAUUAUUGCCAUGUUUCCUCGCCUCACCCCGUGUAUUCUGUUAUUAAAUUGCCAGAACCUUCUACCAAAGCGGUAGCACUGCCUAGGAAACUGUCCGUUGACUUUGACUGGAGUAGUAUGAAUUAUUAUUAUUGGUGUGAGAUUGGACACCACCAAUCGUAGAUUGUUUUCGUUCCUGUCUU